ACGAAAACCGAAAUAAAAAAGAAAAAGCCACUCUCUCUGAGGCCGGGGGGGACAGACAGACAGUGUCGCUUGUUCUCGCUGAGAUCCAUCGGAGCGAACGAUGAGCAUCAGCCGACCGGCGGUGCACCCGGUCGAGGUGGUUCCGCCGCCGCAAACCGCCGGAGCCGGAGACCGACCUCCGGUGAGGAUGAAGGAGGUCCAGGGCAUGGCCGGAACCACCGGCGGCCUCUUCCUACGCCUCUCUCAGUUCGUCUCCGCCAUCAUCUCUGUCUCCGUCAUGGCCACCACCUCCGAUUUCCGCUCCGCCACUGCUUUCUGUUGCUUGGUUCUUGCCGUCGGCUUGCAAAGCUUGUGGAGCUUGUCUCUUUUGCUUAUCGAUGCUUAUGCCCUUUUGGUCAGACGAAGCCUUAGGAACCACUUGCUCGUUCAGUGUUUCACCGUCGGAGAUGGGAUCACGUCCACACUUACAUUUGCAGCCGCCUCUGCAUCAGCCGGAAUCACGGUGCUCAUCAACGACCUAAACCAAUGCAAUGUGAAUCACUGCACGAGGUUUGAGACGGCCACGGCUAUGGCCUUCAUCAGCUGGUUUGCUGUCUCUCCUUCCUUUAUUCUGAACUUUUGGAGUUUAGCCACCCAUUAAGAACACAGAAACCAAGGUUCUUAUGUUGAUGUGAAUAAGGGUGGAGGAAAAACAAAGCCAGUAUAACAUAACUCAGCUAGCUGAAUUUAGGAUCAAGAAUGAAUGUCUUUGGAUCAGUAUAACAUACCGAUUUCAAUGUCGUAAAGAAUGGAGGGAUUUCUACGGGA